GGCCUGCAGAGCCAGUGAGAGGGAGAAGUGGCGGCGGCUACCCUGAGGACGGUGCCCUCACGGGGAGAUGCAAGGCUGCUGCAAAGAAACGAGUCACUUUGAGAUGGAUAGUAAUUGGGGUUCCACGGAGAGCAGAACAUGCCUACUUAGAAGCUGGAGCAAAAACACAGGAGGGAUUUGGAAGAAACCUUGACCUUGAAGAUGGUGAGUAGCCAGCCAAAGUACGAUCUAAUACGGGAGGUAGGCCGAGGUAGUUAUGGUGUUGUAUAUGAAGCAGUCAUCAGAAAGACCUCUGCACGGGUGGCAGUGAAGAAAAUUCGAUGUCAUGCACCUGAAAAUGUUGAACUAGCCCUGCGUGAGUUCUGGGCACUAAGCAGUAUCAAGAGCCAACAUCCAAAUGUGAUUCACUUGGAAGAAUGCAUCCUACAAAAAGAUGGGAUGGUGCAAAAGAUGUCCCACGGCUCUAAUUCUUCCCUUUAUUUACAGCUUGUAGAAACUUCAUUGAAAGGAGAAAUUGCCUUUGAUCCCAGAAGCGCCUAUUACUUAUGGUUUGUGAUGGAUUUUUGUGACGGAGGAGAUAUGAAUGAGUAUCUGUUGUCCAGGAAACCCAAUCGUAAAACUAAUACCAGCUUCAUGCUUCAGCUGAGCAGUGCGCUGGCUUUCUUGCAUAAAAACCAGAUCAUCCACCGAGAUCUUAAGCCUGAUAACAUCCUGAUUUCUCAAAGCAGGUUGGAUACCAGUGACUUGGAACCCACGCUAAAAGUGGCUGAUUUCGGUCUAAGUAAAGUUUGUUCCGCCUCUGGGCAGAACCCAGAAGAACCUGUCAGUGUAAACAAGUGUUUCCUUUCCACAGCUUGUGGAACAGAUUUCUACAUGGCUCCUGAAGUGUGGGAGGGACAUUACACAGCAAAGGCUGACAUCUUUGCUCUGGGGAUUAUCAUUUGGGCAAUGCUAGAAAGGAUCACAUUCAUAGACACAGAGACAAAGAAGGAACUCUUGGGCAGUUAUGUAAAACAAGGAACUGAGAUUGUGCCUGUUGGGGAGGCACUUCUAGAAAAUCCCAAAAUGGAACUUCUCAUUCCUGUAAAGAAAAAGUCUAUGAAUGGGCGAAUGAAACAACUGAUUAAGGAAAUGCUGGCUGCAAACCCUCAGGAUCGUCCAGAUGCUUUUGAACUAGAACUCCGAUUAGUACAAAUUGCAUUUAAAGAUAGCAGCUGGGAAACGUGACACAUACUAUUUACAAAUAUCUUGGAUGAUAUGCUGCUUCUGUGUUAACAGUGAUGCAACAUAAUGUGGCUGAAAAAGAAUAUAAAAUGCUAAACUCUACCUUGUAGGGGUUUAGAUUUUAUUGUGGGGUGUCUUUUUUUCCCCCCUUUUUUUUUUUCUUAAGUCCAAGUUGGCUGUUUUGUUCAUAUGUUUUAAAUGUGUGAUACCAAUGUGAGUGUACUUUUUCUUAAUGAUCAUUGGUAGACGUUUGGCAGGAAAAUUCUCUUAAGAGCCAGGAAGAAAAGAUAGUCCAGUUUUCUGGAAAUGUGUCUCAAGUAUUUUAGACAUUCCUUGUCAGUAUUAGGAAUUUCCAUGGAAGAAGAGGUUUGCAUGCUGGUAAUGCAACCUUUGAAGCUUUGUAAAGGAAACAUAUAUGUAUAUAUUUAUGUAUAUGUAAGUAUGUGAGUGUGUGCAUUUUGCAUUCCAUAUGAAGAAAAAUGCCACACCUAUUUAAAUUAUUUCAUGUAGGUUUGGGUUUUUGAGAUCUGCUGGUGAAAUCAGUGAUGAAAAAUAAAAGAACCUCCCCUUAUCUUUCUACCCUGUCUUUCCCUCUAAUGAAAUCAUACUGUUUUUUAUUUUUGUAAUAUUAUAUACCUUUUAUUCAAGACAUCAAAUUAGUGGGUCUAAAAUUGUCUAUUUAAACAUAAUAUUGAAUGAUCCAAAGCUGCUGAAGUAUGUUUGAGUUCUCCAGUGCCCUAUAGCUGCAGGAGUUGAAUUAGUCAUGCAAGUGUGUGGUAACACAUUGGCAAGGAUAUUGGUAGCCUAGCGUUCAAUUAACCUGUUUAACUACUGCUUCGCAACUUGUCUGCACUUGAGCAUCUGCAGUCUGAUAAAUUUGAACACGGGAUUCAUGUUUCUGAAAACUUUAUCAUAUGUGAACUACAGUACUUAGUAUAUUAAUUUCUGAUUUCGAGACAUUAAGCCUCAGCAUAAAGUCAAAGAAACCGAAUGAGCUAAACCUUUCCAUUGCCUGCUCUGAUCUCAUUUAGUCAUUGGAAUUAACUUUCAUGUUAGUACUGACGCUAUUUUAUCUAAUUUGACAGUAAUGAUAGUGAUAAAGCUGGCUUUAAUAAUGUUCAUCAUCUUUUGCUACAGUUGGUACCUAUAUAGUUUAGCAAAUGGAUAAAAUGUGGCAUCAACUGUAUUUUUCAAGUAGAAAAAAUUACCAUUUUAUACAAUCACUUGGUAUAGUUGGUGUCUAAUAAACCAUUGUUCUUCCUGAAAUCAGUUUAAUUUUGAUUCUAAGUUGUUGUCUCAAAUCUGUUUUCUUAUAAAUGUAAGUUGUUAAUAUCUACGGAAAGAAAGUUUACCUAAAACACGACAUUAGCCUUUAAGUUUAGAUAAACUUUAAGACUAUUGUAGCUGGGUUAAUCUUUAUAAAGUACUAAAGUCUUUAGUCAAAUUUAAAAUAAUAACUUAUUAAAUAAUGGAAAUAAUUGAAAGUUUACAUAGUGUCUCAGCUUUUUAAAAAAAUCCACAAGUUUUGGGAUAUUGCUAUCAUAAGUUUUUCCUUUUUUGAAAUGUGUCCAAGGACUAUAGAUUUCCUUUUAAGCACAAAAAAUUGGACUAUGUAGCUAUCUAGACUACACAUUACUUGGUAUGAAAGUUUAAAAUUUGGGCUGAAAGGUGUUAUUGAAAUAAAAAUGUCUUUAAAAAUAUGUAUCACUUUCAAGCUAAUAAAUACCAGGAUUCUUUUGGAAAUUAGAGGUGGAAAUACACUGGUACCUCAUGAUAAUUUAGCCUGUGUAUCAACAAAUUCAUAUAACAGAUCUGACUAAGGGGAGUUGAAUUGUUGAAAGUAAGAAAAAAGAUCACUAUAAUGUCUCAUCAAUACCUGGCACUCAGCAGAAAUUCAUGAAGAUUCAGGUUAUGCUUGUUAUUCCAUUGUUUCAUUUACCAUCCAAAUACCUAUGUGUGUAGAUUUCACAAGUAUGUAAUUUUUGGUCCCAUGUAUUUUAAAAUAGUUAAUCAUUUCAUUUAUUCUUAAAAGAUUUUUACUUCUGUGGUAGAAUUCUUUCAUUGGCACUAAGGUGUAAAGUGUUUUGGGACUUCUCUCUGUAACAUUCUCAAGUUCUUGUAUUUGAAAAUAGCCUAUUAUACCGAGCAAAAUGGUAGUAAACUCCUUGUCUUUACAUGUUCUUUCAGUCAGAAGGUAUUUAUUAAGUACCUACCGUGUGUUCAGCACUAAAAGUUAGUUGAAAAAUAACAUUUAAAAAUGGUUUAUAGCCACAGGUCUUUUCCAGCCAAUAGCAUAAAAAGAUGACUUGUGACACUUAGACAUCCCUUGUUAUUUGCCAGAUGAAAACUGAAAGCAAGAAUUUAUGCACAGUGCCUUGCCCAUAAUAGGUACUCAAUAAACAACUAUUCCUCA